CAAGAAUUGAUCUGCUGGUAUAAAAUGCAGGCGAUGGCAGAGACUCAAGCGAGGACACGCUGCUUCAGCACGGAGCCUGUAGUCCCCCUGGGUGCGCGACGCGUGUGAUCCAGACAUUCCUCUUCACUCAACCAUGGGAGUCGCCUACAGCGUCGGAGAGGUUGACCACCUCUACACAUUCUUCGUGCAGUGGUCUCCAGAGAUGUACAGGAAAGGCAGCCAGGAGGACGGUCAGCCGCACUACCUCAUGGGGGAGGAACAGCAGAAGCACUACUUGGUGGUGAAGGAGGGCGGAGUGGCUGUGCUCAACCAGCUCCUGAGCAGCCCAGUGAAGAACAGUGCUGAAAAAUGGGGGAUCAUCACGGUGAAGAACUGCAAGCGGCGCCUGAGCCUGUCCAGCUCCGAGGACUCUGAGGCCGAGGAGCCCGAGUACCAGGAGGAAGACGCGGCCCUGGUGCUGAGCGGCGACAGCCAGCUGCUGGACGAGCUCCACCUGCAGCGACUGGCGACCCAGCUGCCGCAGAGGACUCAGGGCUACUCGUGGCAGCUGGUGUACAGCACGGCCAUCCACGGGAGCAGCCUGAGGACGCUGUACAGGAAGAUGGCAGAUCUGGACAGUCCGGUGCUGCUCAUCAUCAAAGACAUGCACAAAAAGGUGUUUGGCGCAUUUUCUUCUGAUUCAUUCAGAGUCAGUAACUACUGCUACGGUACGGGAGAAACCUUCCUGUUCAGCUUCAACCCUGACUUCCAGGUGUACAGGUGGAGUGGCGAGAACUCAUACUUUGUGAGUGGCGACCUGAAAUCUCUGCAGAUCGGCGGAGGAGGAGGCGGCUUCGCCCUGUGGCUGGAUGCUGACUUGUACCAUGGCGCGAGCUUCUCCUGCCCCACCUUCCACAAUGCACCUCUGUCCACCGAGGAAGACUUCAUCGUGCAAGACCUCGAAGUGUGGACUGUGCAGAAUUGAAGAGAGACGUGUGAAAGAUGGGAUAAAAUCGCUGGACGUCCCACAGUCCUGCCGGCAUCAGCGGACCAUCAGGAGUCCAAUGAGACCGUGUGGUCACGGCCGUGCAAAUCCUGAUGGAGCAGCUCCCACUGUAUCCUCCGUGCCCCUGGCUAAGAUGAGCCCACGCACAGCACAGUGCCUGGCUCAGUGGUUCUCAGGCUGGACAUUGUCCUCCCACUGGUUUUCCUGUGGUCGCUAACAAACAGGGUCUAGAUGCAAUCCUGUGAUCCAGGUUACUCUAAACUACUACUGGCUGCGUAAAAGUAGUUCAGCAAUAAAAGCCAGUAAUUUACUGGCCUCUAAAGCUUUAAGCUCUUCAUGACAUCAGGACUGCGUGUUAUAAAGAUAUAAACUAUAUUUAUUUUUUUAUGCUGUCUAACAGCUACUGAAAAUUUUAAAUGUAUUUUUACUGAUUGAUUGCUUUCGUGUAUUUAUUUUUAUUUACACAAAGAUCAGAAGCUUUACAUUUUAAAGUUUAAAUUAUUUGAAAAACACUGAAGCACAAGCGGUCCAGAAUGGACUACAGUACAUAGAAUCGAAUGUGUGAAUUUUUCCCCUAGUCUAGGUCUGCUGUGAAAAGACCCGAGUGUUGCACUAACACUCCAUACAUUGCCACGAUGGCAAUGUAUGGAGGCAAUGAAUCUCAGCCAUUAACUUUCAUUUCUGCUUUUUGAAAGUACUUUUGCAUCUGCUCCAGGGAACAACAGGAAACCUGCUGUUCUAUACUGUUGGGUUUUUUUUUUUUUUUGGUUUUUUUUAUGUGUGCUGGCAGUGCUGGCGCUGCCUUUCUCUGUGGAAACACAUUUAAAUUUUGUCUCUGUUUCCUUUUUUACAAAUAAAGCCUAAAACAACACAACUUUGUGUGUGUGUGUGU